AAGCUGGUAUUUUUCCACCCAGCAGGAUGGGUGAUGCGGAGAGCUGCCUGUUCAGACAACAGACACGCGAGGUCAGGGAGAAGCCGCUUAUAAAUUACCGCUUCCUCCGCGCCGCCGCCAGCGUCGUGCUCCGGGACCUGGCUGCUGCCGAGCUCCCGUGCCCAGCCGCCAACGCCGCGAUCGCCGCCAGUCCCGCCAGCCUCGCCAGCCCCGGGCCAUCCGCUGUGGGCUUAGCCACCCAGGUGCAGAGCCAGUGCCACAGCCUCUUCAGAGGAGCAUCUCAAGUAAAACGAAGAGAUGGCCACGAAGGAGAAGCUGCAAUGUCUGAAAGACUUCCACAAAGACAUCCUGAAGCCUUCUCCAGGGAAGAGCCCAGGCACACGGCCUGAAGAUGAGGCGGACGGGAAGCCCCCUCAGAGGGAGAAGUGGUCCAGCAAGAUCGACUUUGUGCUGUCUGUGGCCGGAGGCUUCGUGGGUUUGGGCAACGUCUGGCGUUUCCCGUACCUCUGCUACAAAAAUGGUGGAGGUGCGUUCCUCAUACCGUAUUUUAUUUUCCUGUUUGGGAGCGGCCUGCCUGUGUUUUUCUUGGAGGUCAUCAUAGGCCAGUACACAUCAGAAGGGGGCAUCACCUGCUGGGAGAAGAUCUGUCCUUUGUUCUCUGGCAUUGGCUACGCAUCCAUCGUCAUUGUGUCCCUCCUGAACGUGUACUACAUCGUCAUCCUGGCCUGGGCCACAUACUACCUAUUCCACUCUUUCCAGAAGGAUCUUCCCUGGGCCCACUGCAACCAUAGCUGGAACACACCACAGUGCAUGGAGGACACCCUGCGUAGGAACGAGAGUCACUGGGUCUCCCUUAGCACUGCCAACUUCACCUCGCCUGUCAUCGAGUUCUGGGAGCGCAACGUGCUCAGCCUGUCCUCCGGAAUCGACAACCCAGGCAGUCUGAAAUGGGACCUCGCGCUCUGCCUCCUCUUAGUCUGGCUCGUCUGUUUUUUCUGCAUCUGGAAGGGUGUUCGAUCCACAGGCAAGGUUGUCUACUUCACCGCUACUUUCCCGUUUGCCAUGCUUCUGGUNCUGCUGGUCCGUGGACUGACCCUGCCAGGUGCUGGUGAAGGCAUCAAAUUCUACCUGUACCCUGACAUCAGCCGCCUUGCGGACCCACAGGUGUGGAUCGACGCUGGAACUCAGAUAUUCUUUUCCUACGCAAUCUGCCUGGGGGCCAUGACCUCACUGGGAAGCUAUAACAAGUACAAGUAUAACUCGUACAGGGACUGUAUGCUGCUGGGAUGCCUGAACAGUGGUACCAGUUUUGUGUCUGGCUUCGCAAUUUUUUCCAUCCUGGGCUUCAUGGCACAAGAGCAAGGGGUGGACAUUGCUGAUGUGGCUGAGUCAGGUCCUGGCUUGGCCUUCAUUGCCUACCCAAAAGCUGUAACCAUGAUGCCGCUGCCCACCUUUUGGUCCAUUCUGUUUUUCAUUAUGCUCCUCUUGCUUGGACUGGACAGCCAGUUUGUUGAAGUCGAAGGACAGAUCACAUCCUUGGUUGAUCUUUACCCGUCCUUCCUAAGGAAGGGUUAUCGUCGGGAAAUCUUCAUAGCCAUCUUGUGUAGCAUCAGCUACCUGCUGGGGCUGACGAUGGUGACGGAGGGUGGCAUGUAUGUGUUUCAACUCUUUGACUACUAUGCAGCUAGUGGUGUAUGCCUUUUGUGGGUUGCAUUCUUUGAAUGUUUUGUUAUUGCCUGGAUAUAUGGCGGUGAUAACUUAUAUGACGGUAUUGAGGACAUGAUUGGCUAUCGGCCUGGGCCCUGGAUGAAGUACAGCUGGGCUGUCAUCACUCCAGCUCUUUGUGUUGGAUGUUUCGUCUUCUCGCUUGUCAAGUAUGUACCCCUGACCUACAACAAAGUGUACCGGUACCCGGAUUGGGCAAUUGGGCUGGGCUGGGGCCUGGCCCUUUCCUCCAUGCUGUGUAUCCCCUUGGUCAUUGUCAUCCUCCUCUGCCGGACGGAGGGACCGCUCCGCGUGAGAAUCAAAUACCUGAUAACCCCCAGGGAGCCCAACCGCUGGGCUGUGGAGCGCGAAGGGGCCACACCCUUUCACUCCCGAGUAACCCUCAUGAANGGCGCACUCAUGAAACCCAGUCACGUCAUUGUGGAGACCAUGAUGUGAGGUCCGGGCCAUGUGACAGGCGCCGCUUUCCUGCUGUUUACUAACGUUAGAUUCUCAUAGGACCAGGUUUACAGAGCUUUAUAUUUGUACUAGGACUUUUUUUUUUAAUUGUCACAGAAAAUGUUACUCUAUGUGUGUGUGUAUGUGUAUCGUGUGUGUCUGUAUAUGUGUGUUUUGUUUUGUUUGGGGGAUAUUUUGUACAAAAAGAAAACCCAUAGGCCUAUGUCCUGGGGGAGAGGAUGGACUUUCAUAUUGAUUUCGAUGUAUUUUGUGGGAACUUGGUAAAUUUCUCUUUGUAUUUUUUUUUAACAUAUAACUAUAUAUACUUAGAGUCUGUCAUACAGUUUGCCACUUGAAUUGGUCUUGCCAGCAAUGGAUCUCGUUUUUCAAAAGCAAUUCUUCGGUGCUUAUAUAGCUGGCAGAAAGUUCUGCCCAAAAACAAAUGAAAAAAGAGAAAAAAAAAAACAAAACAAAACUGAAUGCUGGGUGGAAUUUUCCUAUGAUGGUGGAUACAUCUUCAAGAACGGUGUAGUCCCUUCUGAGCUGGUUCAGGAGGAAGAACACAGCGGAGGAGAGGGAGUCCCCCCCUCCCCCCCACUAACUGAACAGACCUGAGGGGCAGGAGAGAGCAGGGCUGUGGAGAGACCCUCACUCUUCGUCAGCCAACAAGAAAGAUGCCAAAAUACUGGCCCCCACCCUCAGCACGAAUGAUAGAUCUCAGAGCAGCUGAAGCGGUUGUACCAGGGCCAAACGCCUGCCCUCUUACUUGGAAGACAUGGGUGGUAGUCAGUGGGACUGUCUGAACCACCAUGGGUAUUACAGGCAGGGAUGGGACGUCUGAAUGUCUGGUGAGGAUGUGGCUCAGGUCUGGGAGCCUCUGCAGGCGUAGGCAGAAUCCCGGUCUUUUCUUGAACACUCAGUAUGGCUGCCCGAAGCCAGUCCACAGGAGCUGCUGGGGCUUCAGAGUGGGGGUCACACUCAGGAAGUGUCUGCGGUAUUUGAGUGGAGUCAUGGUGGGUGACCAGAGUAUUCCCCAAGCAGAAUGUAUUUUGGUGAGGGCCUGGGGUGAGGGAGGCCAGUGGACCAAAUGAUAUUAGCAGCUCAGGAGGGUGAGUGUACCCCAAGCUGGCAAGUGGACCCCAGGAGGGCACUAUUCUUCCUUGCCUCUUGACAAACUCUUGUGAAAGUUACCACCCCAGAACCAUCCAGCAGCUCCCAGCAAGGAGUGCUCCAAGUGGCUGUAGACCCUGGAUCUUAAAGGAUCUGAGUUCAAGUACAGAGCCAGCUUGGUAGUGACCUCAGAUGAUUUCCAAGCCACUGCAUUGGCUGUUGGACAGNUGUUUGCCUCCCGGGGACGGCAGAGGGAAGAAAGGGNAGUUUCCUCAGCUGAAGCUAUCUCCACAGAAGUGAGGUCAGUCCUCCAGAGCUGCCCAAUGUCAGGCAGGGCUGUUUCCUUCUGAACCAGGAGAGGGCGCUACACCUUCACCCCAGCCUCCACUGGGCCCAACUGUGCCAUCCUGAACUUCUUUGACAAAUGUACACAUUUUUUCCUGUCUCCAAAGCAAUGUACUCUGCCAAGUGACCCUCUAAUCCUCUUCCAGUGGCUGUUGACUCAGCCACCCAUGAUUGUACUGUGUUCCUGUUGUCCUGUGUAUUUCUGGUUGCUCUCGUGUUAUUUUGAGUGUUUGGAGUUCUCCUUCCCCGAUUUUACCGACUUGUAAUGUACCCUGGUUUUCUUUCGUUUAAUGGAACCUUAAAAGUAACCACUGUGGGUGAUUGAAAGACAGGUGAAGUGUAAGGGAGAGGGGGGCUCGUCCAGCCGUGGCAGUGUCUGUGGUCAUGCCCGUCUACCCUACCCCUAACCCCCACCGGGCACGCCCCUCUGGCGAGCGAGCCUUCAGUAUUUUGGGUUGGCAGACAAAUGGCACCAUUCUGGAAAUGGCCUGAGAAAGGCUUUUUUUAAUCAUUCCCAGAUCGAAUUCUAGACCAAAGACACAGCGGGCCAAGUCCCCAGGCCCUGCCUGGAUUUAGAUGGCCAGCCGCCUCCCGAGCCCACUCCCCAGCAGUGUCCCCUCACCUGUCUUCAGUGGCCCCCACUCUCACCCCACCCCUGCCCCUGAUGACCCUUAUUGUGAUGCUUGUCUUUUCACGUCUGCAUGUAAGUAACAUUUUGAAGUAGAGCUCGUGACUCUGGUCCGCCUGCCUCCUGGAGAGAGGGCUAAGCUGUUCACCAACCAGCCCUUGCCUGGAACAGGCCAGAUCCUGUCCUGCCUGUCAAAUGGAGACAGGAAGCAAGGGACAUUGCCUGAUUUAGAUGAGGACGUUAGGUGGGCCCAGGAGACCCUGGGAGAUAUUAUUUGGCCCUAAGAGUGAUGUGACCUCCCAAGUGGAGGGUCCCUGCUGGGCACUGUGGGCAGCCCCAGAGGGCCCUGAUCCAAGGCACUUAUGUAAUCAGGGGAAUAGGCCUAGUGUGGGGACUUACACUGUGAGCUAAGUGGAACUGGACAUUUGAGUCAUUUGUAGCUUCAGGCUCUCCAAGACUUAGUAGAGGGAAGGCAGGUCCAGGGCAUUGUCUAAAUAAACUGACAAGCCUUCCCUGUCAACCAAAGGCCAGAGCUGAUGAGGGCCCUUGCUCCAUUUUCAUGGAACACAGAGCAAUACCCACGUGUGCCCGACAUUACCGCCCUGCUCACCCCGGCCCCGUGCCACCCUUCCUUCCUUCCUUUCUCCUCCAAAGCCUUUGGGAACUAGGAAUUGAUACACCCUCCCCUCAAAUUAUACCACAGGAAACUGAGGGCCAAAGACAUCACUAGUGUGAAGAGCCUUAGCUAGGGUGUAUGGGCAGGCCUUUGACCUCCAUGUAGCCCAAGGCUAUGCAGGAAGUUGCCUGAGAGGGUUUCUUUUCCCUCUCUGCCUCUGGCCUCCAGUCCUCACCUCAGCUCCAUACCCUACCAUGGAAAGCCACGCAGACCGUGGCAACGCAUGAGGAGAAAGCAGCACGUGCCUCUGCACAGGAAGGGGCUUUCUCUAUCACAGGGUGUCACCGCCAUGGCCGACAGCAUUCCAGUCCUGCUUCUUGGGACGGGGGGAUGCUCUAGCAACCAGGCUAACAGGUGCCAGCCCAGUUCCUCUCUCCAAGAUGCAGACACAAGCCAGGAAGGCACCUUAGAGAAGGCCCCUCAUAGUCCCACUCAAACCUGAGACCCCUGUCCUUAUGGACACUGUAAAUACCUCUGUGUGCACACCCCCUCCUUCAUCAAGCCCCAAACCACACACACAACAAAACCCAGAUACUCCAGGAUGGAGAGGGGCAUCCCGGAAGCCAGAGCAGGGCUCCCUUCUCCCCUCCUCCAUCUGAGCNCCUAGGAGCCAGGCCUUCCCAGGAAACUGGCUGUCCAUGCUCUCUGGGAGGGAGGAGUGGUGUCAUUGUCAUUACAGGCAUGUUCUGGCAUGUUCCCUGAAGGACAGAGCAUCUUGUUAUAUAUUUGGCUUCAAAAUGAGAUGGUAGUUCCAUUUUCUUUUUUUUAAAAACAAUCUUUCCAAUCCCUAACAACUGUGACUGUAUUUAGCACAAGAGAAAAGCUGAGAACGUGGGUUUUGCCUCCUUCAGAAAUAUGUCUGGCUCAUCAGGACAUUUUUUAAAAACUUCAAAAUAUUUUUAAGAUAUUUUAAACUUUUGUAAAAAACAAAAAACAAAAAAACAAAUGCACNCACACACACGCACACACACAACACACACACACACUCACACAAAGAAAAAAAAAACCUGAAACCAAUCAAGAAGGGGAGGAGCGUUUGUGUUUGAAGGAUCCUUGGUGUGUGACCUGUCUUGCAGUAUACAAGCUCUGUGUAUGUUUAAUUACAACGACCCCGCAUUUUGCAGGGUUUCGGUUUUAUUUUUCCUCUUUUGCUUUUUAGAUGAAUAUGUAUAUUGAUAUUUUAAAUCCAUCUUUGCUUUUUUUAGAGGAGUUUAUAAUCACCUUGUAACACAACAAUAAACAUUUCCUUUUUAAAAUCCAA